GUCCGCAGAGCGACGGAUUCAAACGCGCGUGCGGAGCGUCUUUCUGCAGCAGCGACUGAAGGUCAGAGAGACAGACAGCACUGAUAACCGGACCUGAAGUGAUACCCAGGGCUCACAAUGCCUCCACCUGUCGGACCCCCAGCCGUGCCGCCUCCAGACGGUGGGUGGGGCUGGGCUGUGGUGGGCGGGGCCUUCAUCUCCAUCGGAUUCUCUUACGCCUUCCCAAAGGCCACCACCGUGUUCUUCAAAGACAUCCAGAACAUCUUCAACGCCUCGUACAGUGAGGUGGCCUGGAUCUCCUCCAUCAUGCUGGCCGUCAUGUAUGCAGGAGGUCCCAUCAGCAGUAUUCUGGUGAACACCUACGGCUGCCGUCCCAUCAUGAUCCUGGGAGGCUUUCUGUGCGCCAUCGGGAUGAUCAGCGCCUCCUUCUGCAACACCGUCAUGCAGCUCUACAUCUGCAUCGGCGUCAUCGGCGGCUUCGGUCUGGCCUUCAACCUCCAGCCGGCACUUACGAUGAUCGGGAAGUAUUUCUACAAGAAGCGUCCCAUCGCUAAUGGCUUCGCCAUGGCCGGCAGUCCCGUGUUCCUCAGCACGCUAGCGCCGCUCAACCAGUAUCUGAUCAAUGAGUACGGAUGGAGGGGAAGCUUCUUGAUCCUCGGCGGGCUCCUGCUCAACUGCUGCGUGGCCGGAUCGCUCAUGAGGCCCCUGGUGGCCCCGCCGAACACGGCCAAAGCGCUGGAGGAGAAACCGUCGACGGUUAAAGGCUGUUCGUCCACUAUCGUGGAGUGCUGUCCGGUGCUCAUCGGACCGCCGCUGGCAGGGAAGUUAGUGGACAUCACAAAGAACUACAAGUACAUGUACCUGUGCUGCGGGUCGGUGGUCGUCCUUUCCAGCAUCUGGCUCUUCAUCGGCAACUUCAUCAACUACCGGCUGGUGGAGCGCGAGCGCAAGCAAGAGGAGACGUACAAACGUGGCGAGCGCGAGGAGCAGGAGCAGACGGAGACCCACGCAGACGCAGACGCAGACGCAGACGCUGAAGCGGCGCAGCAGCUCUGCGAGAACAAAGACGGUGUCCUGCAGCGAGAAACCAACAUCUGAAGGCCUAUGCAAACUCUGAAGACACUGCCAAACCUGUAGAGGCUUUAUUAGACAGAUCACAGCAGAACUCUAGAGAUCAACGCUAGGGCUGGGAAAAUAAGUCGAUGCAUCGCCAAUCGAGAAAUGAUUCAGCGUCGAUUCUGAG